AUGGAAAGCCGGCGGAAUGCGAUUGUUAUCCCGGAAGUCAUCUUUGCCAUCUUAGCUGGGUCUAUUGUAUUCUGGAGAAUCAUCAACAAUGUAGUCUUGAAGCGAUUGUUCAGGCUUGCUGACCUGCUCAUCUUUCUGGCCCUGGUGAGCAAUCUCGUGGCACUGUCAUGCAGCUCUUUGUCGACGCAGUAUGGCCUUGGAAGACACAUAUACGACCCAUCGAUUACACCAGAAAUGCUCACGACAUGUCUACGAUGGAUCUGGAUUGGUGAAGCAACGAAUCUGAUUUCCAUGCUCUUCGCCAAACUCAGUAUCGCUGCCUUUCUUUUGUACCUCGAUUUCGCACCUGGAUACAAGAUCGCCAUGUGGAUUACGGUUGGCAUUGUUCUGGUUUGUAACGGAGCCGUCGCGCUUACCUCAAUCUUUGCGGCUUGUGACCCGAUCUCUCUCAACUGGAACAUGCAGCAGCCAGGCCAGUGUUGGGAUCCUAUCGUCAACAAGAUUUGCACCUAUGUCCAGUCAGGUUCUAAUAUUGUGACCGACAUCUUGUACACCUCAGUACCAAUCUUCUAUCUGUCGACGGUCAAGCUGGGUGCUAACGUGCAAUGGGGACUACGUAUUGUUCUAUUGUUCGGACUGAUUGCGACCGUCUGCUCCUGUGUAAAGAUCGCAGUCGCUGGAAAGAUGUUCAACACUCACGAUGCUACGUGGGACGCCGUCGAUCUGUCCAUCUGGAGUACCGCAGAAGUCAACGUGUGCAUCAUCGCCGCUUGCCUACCACCACUCCGAAGCCAAUUCGACUCCUUCCUCCGCCGAUUCUUCGGUAUGGCCUUCAACCGUUCAACAAAUCGCAGUCGGCCAACCUACGGUUCUCAGUCAAUCGCCCUCCAAACACAGAGCAAAUCCCACAGAACCAUCAUCGAAGUCGAAGCACAAGAUUUCGGCAGCGAAAGAUCAAUCCUCCCACCCGACGACGUAGAAGAUGGAAUCAUCAGAAAGACACGACAGGUGCAGGUCAAAUAUGAAGAGCAGGGACGUGAUGGAGUAUAUUCGCCAGAUCCGUAUGAUCGUCGAUAG